AUGGCAACACCCGAUAAGGAUUCACUGGCAGUAUCGUGCUGUCCAAAGGCGGUAUCUGAGCACUCUCCAAUUCCGACCGUCCAUCGUUCUUCGAAUAGCAUCGAGCCUAAGCUGCUAGGUCCUAUCGAUUCUACUUCUACUUCUACUACUGGUUCGAAUGCAGUUGAACCUCCAGCCUCGCGCCAAUUGCUAGAGGUGGAAGACGAAGAGAUGGCGCCCGCUUCGCGUCGCGAGCUCCUACACAAGGAUCAUUUCUCAUUCGUGUUUGAUAAUGUGAAGACUCAAAACUACUUAGAUCCUGUUUCUAAGGGACCAGGCUCUCAUACGAUCCGCACGCUUGCUUGGAACCCCACGGGCCAGCUGAUUGCCACUGGCUCAGCAGAUCGCACUCUACGAAUCUGGAACCCGGAACGUCCUCAUGUACGAUACUCUACCGAAUUGCGUGGUCACACAGCUGGUAUCGAGAAGGCUCUUUUCAACCCAGUCCGCGAUGCGGAGCUGGCAAGUUGCUCGGCCGAUGGUACAGUGCGCUUCUGGGAUGUGCGCUCCAAGACAUGUGUGAGCCGUCUCGAUGUUGGCGGCGAAGCAUUUACACUCUCCUGGUCUGCUGACGGCAGCACAAUGAUCAUCGGCAAGAAGGACGACACUUUAAUCCCUGUCUCUGUUCAAUUCCCCUCCACUCCUACCGCCCACCCUGAUGGCGUGAAUGCUCUCAAUCUCCCCUCCUCUACAUCCGGCGCAACCACUUACACAGCUCUCGACCCUCACCCUCAGACCGUCCAAACAAAUGCGACAACCUUCUCCUGGUGCAUGCCGACACCCGAACGUCCAGAACAGCAUGUAUUUGUGACGACUGGCGAAGGAAAGGUCAAAAUCAUGUCCUACCCUUCCUUCGAUAUUAUGCACACCCUCAACGCCCACACCUCAGCCUGCCUUUCUAUUGCGCUUGCCCCAACAGGCCGAUACCUCGCAGUUGGCGGGAGCGACGCUCUCAUCUCACUCUGGGACACAACCGACUGGAUCUGCCGUCGCACUUUGUCUAGCGAGAAUGGUGGUGCUAUUCGCGGCGUAAGCUGGAGCUUCGAUGGUCGCUACAUUGUUGGCGCAUGCGACGAGCUUGGGUGUGGUGGGAAUGGACUGGAGAUCUUCCAUGCCGAGUCUGGUGAUAAUGUUUACACAAUUCCUACUGCUGGCAUCAAUGCUGGUGUUUCUGCUGUUGCGUGGCAUCCCUCUCGCUACUGGCUGGCCUACUCGACUACCACUGAUGGACCUGGUAGCUCCAGCGCUGGAGGCUUGAAGAUUGUCGGUGCUGCUGGUGGUGGCCUGUAA